AUUUAUUUUCCCCCUACCCAUAUCUCAGUUCAGCACUUAAGCUCUCUCUGGUAUCGCUCUUACUGUUCUUCUUCCACCGCUCCGUUGUCGAUCUCUUUCUCCAUUUUCGUUGGAGACAAGAUGGGAAAAGGUCCAGGACUUUACACUGAUAUUGGCAAGAAGACCAGAGAUCUUCUUUACAGAGAUUACCAGAGCGACCACAAGUUCACCAUUACAACGUACACCUCGAAUGGCGUCGCUCUUACUUCAACAGGAGUCAAGAAAGGCGAUCGGUUUUUGGCUGAUAUCACUACACAGAUUAAGAACAAGAACAUCACAACUGACAUCAAAGUGGACACAAACUCAAAUCUCUUGACGACCAUUACAGUGGAUGAACCUGCGCCUGGGCUUAAGACUAUAUUUAGCUUCAUUGUUCCCGAUCAAAGGUCUGGUAAGGUGGAACUCCAGUACUUGCAUGACUAUGCAGGGAUCAGCACAAGCAUUGGGUUGACUGCAAACCCCAUUGUUAACUUUUCGGGUGUAGUUGGAAGCAAUACUCUUGCCCUUGGAACUGACGUCGCCUUUGACACUGCUUCGGGGAACUUCACCAAAUGCAAUGCUGGCUUGAAUUUCACUAAUGCUGAUCUCAUUGCUUCUCUGGCCUUGAAUGAUAAAGGUGACUCAUUAACUGCUUCAUAUUACCAUUCAGUGCGCCCCUUGACCAAUACGGCUGUUGGUGCUGAGCUGACUCACAGCUUCUCAACAAAUGAAAAUACCUUGACAUUGGGAACCCAGCAUGCAUUGGAUCCAUUGACUACACUGAAGGGUCGGGUCAACAACUAUGGAAAGGCUAGUGCUCUUAUCCAGCACGAGUGGCGACCGAAGUCCCUCUUCACCAUUUCAGGAGAAGUGGACACCAGGGCCAUUGAGAAGAGUGCAAAGGUUGGGCUGGCUUUAUCUCUCAAGCCAUAAACGAUGGGGACAUUUCAUUUUAGGAGGGAAGUGGAGAGAUGAAGAUAUAGGGGAGAAAGAAAUGCUUUCAUUCUGGUGUUGAAAGCAAUAAGGUAAGCACAUCAAUGUUGUCAACUGAUGUUCUGUCUUUAUUUUCAAUCAUGGGUGAGGGAAAAAUAAUUGUAGCUGGUGUCAUGGACCAACUUCAUAUCCUCUUACAUUUUUCAUCAUCUCCCUGUUUUGAGAAUACAUACGGUCAAGAGCUCGAGCGGUGGUUUUACUUAGAAUUUUACGUCAAUUUUUAGAUGCUGGUUUGUGUGCUUCUGCAAAAUUUUGUUGGAAUUUUAGAGAACUGGAAAUGGUCUCUUGCCUGAAACAGGGUACUUAUUUC